CCCUUAGCCCUUGGGCGCUGAGAGCCAUGGCCCUGCCGCUACUGCCUGGCAACAACUUCAACCGCAACGUGGGAAAGGAGAAGUUUCACAAAUCUCAACAUUGGGGCUUUUGCAACAAUGUUCGGAUGCUGGUGAGUGAAGAUAAACCUGGAAUUGGUGGAGAACCACUUCCUGGGCAAAAGCCGAAGCCUAAAUACAGUGAAUAUCCUAGAGGAAUGGGCAGCUCUUUGCCAUCCUGGGUCGCUUUUGAUAAGCAGGUGUUAUGUUUUGAUGCCUACGUAGAAGAUGAAGUGCCUGAUAAAAGUCAAGAAAAAUACAGAAUAAGACACUAUAAGAUCCUCUUCUACCUUGAAGAUGACACGAUUCAAGUAAAUGAACCACAGUUGAAAAAUUGCGGACUGCCUCAAGGGACUUUUAUCCGGCGUCAUCGGAUUGCUCUCCCACCUCCGGAUGAAGAUAAGUUUUAUACCGUAUAUCAUUUCAAUAUUAACAUAGACGUUGUCUUUUACGGCCGGACAUUCAGGAUUUACAAUUGCGAUACAUUCACAAAGAACUUUCUGAAGAAGAUAGGAGUCAAACUCAACCCCCCAGGGCGGUGUCCAGAAGAUCCUUACAUGAAGACCCGGAGAGAGACACUAGACCGCAUGAAACCCUUACGUCCCUAUGAGUCCUUUGACACCCUCAGACAGUUCCUGGAGUAUAACAGGAAGGUCUUACGUUUUUUCUGCGUGUGGGAUGACUCCGCCUCGAUGUUCGGCGACCGGAGAGAACUCGUUCUGCAUUACUUUCUGUGUGACGAUACCAUCGAAAUCAAAGAAGUGAUGCCACCCAACUCAGGCCGGGAUGCCACGUCGCUGUUCCUCCGGAGGAGAAAGCUCCCCAAGUUUGGCCCUCCUGGAGUCUUUCAGCCAGGUCAGAUAACAGAUCGAGCAGUUCUUAAUGUGUAUAGUGGCACGUCAGGGAAACGGGUGGAUGACUAUCUGUUGGAUAAAUACAAGGUGAGGAACCUCACGUUUUGUUGCUGUUUCCGAUGUGACUUUCCCGGCACCCGAAAAUAUAGGCUAGGAAAAGUGGACCAGGAGUUUUACAAAGACGGUGACCUGUUCAUAGGAGCCACCAUCAACGUGUGGGGAAGAAAAGUGCUUCUUUGCGACUGUGAUGAAUUCACAAAGACUUAUUACAAGACUAAAUAUGGAAUUGAGAACUUCAACUCCAUUUCAUGCAAGGCUCCGCCUCCUCUGAAAAUAAAAAGGAAAUUUCCACCUUACAACGGCUUUGGUUCUGAGGAGGACUCUCUCCGCACCUGCAUAGGCCUCAUGCCCACACCUCAUCAGAGGGACUUUAAGAAGUUCAUGGAGAAAGACAGCUAUGGCAACAUAAGCAAUAUACUCCGUUUUUUUGCAAAACUGAUCACGCACAAAUGUAUGGACUUGGACAGGAUGUUUGUUAUUUCGUACUUUCUCAGCGAUGACACAAUUUCAGUGUUUGAACCAAUAGAGAGGAAUUCAGGGUUUACCGGUGGGAUGUUCCUGAAAAGAAGCCGUGUGAAGAAGCCUGGACAAGAAGUCUUUAAAAGCGAACCCUCUGAAUACAUCAAGGCUGAGGAGCUGUAUAUCGGAGCCAGAGUGAACGUGAACGGCUACCUGUUUCAUCUACUCAACGCCGACAAGUAUACCUUACGCUACAUGGAGGAGAAUUCAGACAAGUUUCCCAUGAGCAGCAUUGAACUUGUCCUACAAAAGCUGAAAGAAGAACAGUCAAAAUCCAGAGAGGUCAAGCAGGUAUUCAGAGAUGCUGACCCUGAGUUUACAAAGACGGUGGAUUAUAAUACAUUCAGAGACAUCAUCAUGUCUCUGACCGUUGGGAAACUCACAGAACAUGAAUUUAUAACCCUUGUACGUCGCUACGGGGUGUCCGAGGACACCCGUCCUGAUAUGAACAUCCUAAUUGCACAGGCCCACGAACAACUCAGGAAAAAUACUUUUGAGAAUUUUGAAAGACUCAUUGCUACCUGCAUUUACGAAGAUCGAGAAAAAAAAAAAGUAUUACCCACCACAGACAUCAGAAGGCUGUGCAAAUCCUCCAGGUUACCUGUGACUGAUGAUCUCCUGGAAAUCAUACUGUCCGGGUUCGAAGAUGACGAAAAACAAAUAAAUUAUGAGUUAUUCUUCAAUGCGCUGAACUGGAGAAUGAAUCCAAUGCCCGAGUUGGAAGGAGUAUCGUUCACUAAAGAGAAAUGCGAAGACAAGUGGCUUGGGAUGCCAUCACCUAUUCCUGCAAAACGUGUUGACUAUUUUAGACUUUUAAAGGAGGUAUUUGGCAUAGAGGAAGAGUAACCAUAUGCCAAUUUUGGUCAACUCCCUUUGAUUUCCUGCUCUAAUUUUCCUAAGUUUAUUUCACCAUAUAUAAUUUCAUUAACAAAAAAAAAAGCAAAGCUCAUACUGAACUGAAAUCCAUAGAUCACAACUAAUUUCCUUUUGUCAUUUCCAUAUUUCAGAACAUCAUGUUAUACUGCUGACGUACCGGCAUGAUUAAAAAUGCCAUUUAAAGAAACGUCAAACAUUUUUAUUAUAUGUAUGAUUUAUUAAUAGCAAAGAAUCUUCUGGUACUUUUCUAUCAAACAUCAUUUGAUUCAUUACCACACAAAAAGAAAAUUAUUUUUGACAGCUGUACGUGACAAUAUCAAAUCAAAUUCUAUCUGAGCAGUAAGUUGUGAUUCUAUUAAACAUUUUUUGAAAUCUC